AGUGUGUUUUUUAUGAUUGUUUCUUAAACAUGUUGCUUGUUUCGUAGUAGCAAAAUAUUGUUUUCCCUGCGUUGAUCUCGAAUUAAGUUAGAAAAAUGUUAUUAUUGUGUGCUAAUACUGAGCUAACAAACGCAUCCAUCGAAUAACGAAAUCGAAUGACUAAGGAGAAGUACAAAAGAAUCUCAAGAAUGGUGAGCAAAUCGUUUCUGUGGGGAGUGAUUGCCGCCUCGCUGACCUGGUCCGUCAGCUUGUAUCUGUACUGGAAUCUCAUGAGCGAUGGAACUGGAGCUGCGUCUUCUUCGCCGGUAGCUUUGGCUUCCUCGAACGAACAGCGGGUCGCCCCGGAACCUGUUGAACAGGUGGUGCCACAGCAUCGGCAUAGCAAUUUGAUUGAAUCGGAUUCAUUGGAGGGCAAGUCGAGGAACGAAAAGAGUUUUAGCUUCUUCAAGGAGAAGUACAAGCGGUACCAGAAGGAGCAGGAGUACCGGAAGAUUAGCCACAAGCUGUUUGAUGAGCUGAGGCCGAUGGUGCCGAACGGGACGGAUGAGUUUGGGAUGGUAAGGAACUCGGAGGAGCAGUUUAUACGGGACGUGGGCUACAGGAAGCAUGCGUUCAAUGUGCUUGUUAGCAGCAAGAUUGGACCGUUUCGAGAGGUUCCGGAUACGAGGCAUAAGCUGUGAGUAAUCUUUAGUUUUACUUAGUUUUUUUUGCAAAUAAUUUUUAAAUUUCUUAUUAUAUUGAAUUAGAAAGCCUUUUUAAACAGUGUUAGACCAUUUCAUUUGAUCAGAUUUUAAAAUUUGUUUAGAAUUAUAUUCGUAGAUGGUCUCGUGCACUCGUAGAGCUACAGUCAUUGGAUAUAGAGUCCAGAAAUUGUAAAAUAAAAUGAAAAAUGAAUCACUUUAUGUAAUAUGCUUCUGCAAACAACAUUUAGAAAACAAUGUUUAAUUUAUGCAUUCUUAAUCAAGAUUUUAUUGAUAUUUUUUGCAUUUAUUCAGGAGUG